GGGACUACCUCAAUUUUCACGUUCAGUAAAUCGCAUAGCUCAGCAUUUUGGGUAACAAGCAAGGUUGAGAACCCAACCAGUCGAAUUGUUCGUGGUUUUCACAAUAGGUAAAAACGGAAGAGGGAAUAGCUGAAACCCAUUCACCAAUUCCAUUGCCUGGUAUUCUCUACUCUCGCCGAUCUAUUAGGUGAAAUAUCCUCAACGUGAACCACGUGAUCGUCAAGUACACUCCGUUGAAUGGAUCUCCUAGCUUCGAAACCUCGCGCGUGGUAACAUUGACAAUUGUGUGUUGUGCGUCAGUUGCUAUUUUAUUUGUUUUUUACAAUUGUUCAAGGAUACGAAGAUGACAGUUGAAGAUCACUGAAUAUAUUGAUGUGUGGUUUCAAUGCAAAAAGGAAAUUUGUGACCAAAAUAUGGCAAAAGAUGGUUGUUGUUCCACGACUUGCUUGAAGAAUGUACUGAAUUUUUUCAAUCUCAUUUUUUUAUUUGCUGCUGUGGCCCUCGUGAUUGUUACUGUCUGGAAACUUGGAAAUCAAACUGAACUGAUUGACCUAACUUCUGCCACCUACUCAGUUCUUAUAGAUUUUCUUAUAGUGGCAGGAAUUCUUCUUUUUCUGGUUUCGUUUCUGGGUUGCUAUGGAGUUAUCAAGGAAAACAGGAGAGUUCUUUUGGUUUAUAUCUUCAUACUCCUCUUCAUCGUUUUGUUGGAACUCAUGGUAGCAUUUCUUGGCUACGUAUAUAAGGAGAAUGUUGACGAAGAGUUGAAGGUGAAUUUGAAUCGGACCAUGUUGGAAAGUUUUGGAGUUGAUGAAGCUAAAACUCUAGCAAUUAAUGUCAUGCAAAGAAAGUUUUCUUGCUGUGGAGCAGUUCAGUUUGAAGAUUGGCGUUAUUCUGUAUGGAAAACUUCAAAUAUGACAAGAAAUCUAGUACCUGAUUCCUGUUGCAAGACAACUACAACAGGAUGUGGAAUCAGAGAUCAUCCUUCGAAUAUAUUUUACGACGGUUGCUUAGAAAAAAUGGAAGAUGAAAUGAAGAAUGGCUUGAUGACGAUCAUUUUUGUAGGUUUAAGUGUGGGCGUAUCUCAAAUAAUAGGUAUAGUUCUUGGCAUCCAGUUAUAUUUGAAAUUGAAAGAAGAAAUUGAUAUAAACGAAUUGAGAAGGAUUUUACAUAAUACCUAUGUAAUCCAGUGAUGUUGACAAUUUCUUCAGAAUUAAUUAUGAAAAAAUGAUUACCUACCUAUUGUUAUGUACUUAACGAACUUCUCUUUAUGUUAGUCAUUCAAAUGACAUUUUAUAUAUGUAUAUUCUUAGCAGUAUAGGAUGAAUGUAUUUAAUAUUUGUAGAUGCCAGUCUCAAACAAGUGAUAUUAAUUCUAUAAUUUAUUUAUUCUCUUCUUUUACUAGUCAACUUAAUAAACUGUAAGUGAAAAUGAAUAUUAAAUAAAAUUUUAAAACCCGGGUCUCUUUCA